UAAAACCCUACAUGGGGCUACAGAAAAGAAACCUUCUUCUUCUCCUUCUGAAACAAAUCCUGUAACACACUCCCAUUGUGCUUAAGCCCUAAUCUCGCCAUGGCUGCUACAUCAAGAGGUCUCAUUUCAAAACUUGGAUCAUCUCUACCAUCGAUAACAACAAGAGGGGUAUAUCAGUUUAGAAGAUUAUUCAGUUCAGAGUCAUUGGUUGAUGAUAGUAAUGGAUCAGAAGCAAGAACAAGAGUAAUGACACCAAAUUCAAGAAGAACGGGAGCAAUAGCUGUCAAGUGUGGAAUGACUGCAGUUUGGGAUAAAUGGGGAGCUAGGGUUCCAAUUACUAUACUCUGGUUAGAUGAUAAUAUUGUUUCUCAAGUUAAAACUAUUGAUAAAGAAGGGAUUACAUCUUUACAGGUUGGGUGUGGGCAAAAAAAGGAAAAACAUUUGACAAAACCUGAGGUUGGUCAUUUUAGAGCUCAAGGUGUGCCAAUGAAGAGGAAACUGAGGGAAUUUCCAGUAACUGAAGAUGGACUUUUGCCUGUUGGUACUCCUAUCACUGUCCGUCAUUUCGUUCCGGGGCAAUACCUUGAUGUUACAGCAAUAAACCUUGGUAAAGGUUUUCAGGGUGUAAUGAAAAGACACGGUUUUGCGGGAGGGCCUGAAUCUCAUGGUUCAUCAAAAUUCCAUAGAGGUCCUGGUUCUACUGGUCAAAGGGAUGCUCCUGGAAAGGUUUUCAAGGGGAGAAAGAUGCCUGGGCGAAUGGGUGGGGUGCAAAUCACGGUGAAAAAUGUUUGGGUCUACAAAAUUGAUCCAGCAAGGAACUUGAUGUGGGUGAGAGGCCAGGUUCCUGGUGCAGAAGGAAACUUUGUAGCUUUAAAGGAUGCUUGGUACAAGAAACCAAAUAUCUCAACUCUUCCAUUCCCAACUUACUUUCCCCCCCCAGAAGAAGAAACAUCAGAACUGGAACCUCUUGUUGCUGAUCUUGGAGAACUAGAUCCGUUUAUGGCUGCAGAUUAAACAACAAGUUUCAUAUACCGAAGCUGGUCUUUCUUUCUUUAUAGCUGUUGCACCAGUUCGAUUGCAAUUUAAAUAUAGUUGUCAAAAUAGAAGAACCAGGCGAGAAAAUUCAGUGGUUCUAUUAUUCUCAUAAUACUUAGGAUUACGUGGAGAUUCCAGAGACAAAGAGAAGGAUAGCCGAACUUGUAAAUUGUUGAGGUUUAUAACUCUGAUUUGUGAGACUAGCUAGAUUUUCUGCUAGUUUUUUUUUUUCCUUCAAUAAGUAUUUGAAUUUUUUUAUCAGUUCUUAAAUUGUAUUUGCUUUUGAGUUCUAGAGUUUAGAGUACAGUGGUGAAAAUCAUUGAGAAAAAGGAAGCGUCCCUCUGCUGCUAAUUGUCAUAUGCUUUGUGCCAAAAUUGCAAUGGGCAGCCUGGAUUCUAAACUAACUCAUUUUGGGAUAUCAUGUCCAGUCAGAUCUUCUUAUUUAUUAUGUAAGAAUCAAUUGUAUAUCCUUGUUUUCCAGUUUUUUAAUGUGAUUUCAAGGAGUAAAUGUCACAGAAA